GGUAUCCUUGAUCAGACACAACAGGAGCGUGAGUGAAGUUAGCUUUAAAGAAAAGAAUCGUAGAGGUACUAGUUUAACUAGGACGCAUAGUAUACGAAAGAGUGACGCUAAAAGAUUCAGUUUCCCAUCAACUACUGCUUCGUCACCCACGAAUCCGGGAAAUGGUGGUCAACUAGAUACGUCCGUGACAAUACCAGCGGAAUUGGUCAAACCAAUUACAAGAACUUAUCAGUUGAAGAAUGAAAAUCGUCAACUUGUAUACGCCACUAAUUUCACGAACGAACCAUUAUCACUAACGACGACCACAACGCACGGAGAGGAGAAUGU